AUGAGUUCACCUGAUGAAGCUGGUAUUCGUUCGGAACGGGUAAAUACUUUGGAUUCGCAACAUUCUGAUGAGGAAAUUUCACGAAUGUGUAAUGAGCAAUAUGGAACUACAAUAGGCACAGAUUUUGCAGAUAAUCUCGCUGAGGCUAUCCGUGCUAUAAACCAUGAAAUUUACCCUGAACGAAUUGCUCAAGGCUCUUCUGGAUCUUAUUUUGUUAAGAAUUUGAAGAGGGGAUAUUUAUCUGAAGCUGGUGCAUCUUUGGUUGAUCAAAAACUCGGCCUGAAUGUUGUACCAAAGACAGCAGUUGUUUCUCUUGCAGCUCCAACAUUCAAUUAUAGCCGUGUUGAUCGUGCUAUGACUCGCACGAAGGAACGAAUCCGUGAUCGUUAUCCUGAUAUUGGUAGACAUUUUCGGCGUAUUGGAUUACCUCCAAAGCGUGGAAGUUUCCAGCUUUUUGUGAAUGGCUAUCAAGACGCUGCUUAUUGGUUACGACAAUGGGAACUUUUCCCUGAAAUGGCUCCACCAACUUCUGUAAUGUCUGAAUUCCAAUUGGAAUUUGAAAAAAUGGUUAUUCUUGACUAUUUGAUUCGAAAUACUGAUCGUGGAAAUGAUAAUUGGUUAAUUAAAUAUGAACCAGUGACUGUAGAAGGGAAGGUUGGUGAUAUCACCUCUGGAUUACUGGGGAAGACGAGGGAUGGGACAGCUCCGGGAACUGCAAUGCGACUGAACGAGGAAAUUAACUCUCAGGAUGAUGCUAAAUUAAUCGAUCUUCAUGAAGACAAUGAGGAAAUAGACGGAGCUGAUGAAACUCUAAAUGACAGUGCAGAUCCUUACCAAUGGGUUGGCCUUUCAAUUGCUCAACGUCCUUUUAGCGAUGAAAUAGUCAAUAAAGUAUUACCGUUGGUUGACAAUACAGAUUUUGUGCGUGAAUUGGGUAAUGAUCUUCGAAAAAUAUUUGAGGCAGACAAAGGCUUUGACAAGAAAACAUUUGCCAAACAAUUAUCUGUAAUUCGUGGUCAAAUGUUUAAUUUACGUGAAGCUUUACGUGCUAGAAAAUCACCUGCUCAACUUGUUCAGAUGACUCCACAAUAUAUGAUCGAAAUAAAACGAAAGAAACUUCGUAAAUUCCGAAAACUUGUAAAAAAUAUCAAAAGCAGUAACAGCCAAAUUACAACGACAACUGAGCUUACACCUCCAACGACUAAUUUAAACCAAUCAACAAGUGGAAAAAGUUUAACAGAACAACCGCGCAUACAGGAUAAUGGCAAGUUUCAUAGUUUUUGA